GACCAGAGGCACACUCCCAUGUGUGUUCCUCCCCAGGAAGACAAUAAACAGUGUCAGACAUAUAAAGUGAAAACAAACUGCAGGGGGAAAUCAUUCCGAGAGCUGUUCAAGUUAGGGCUACCACAAAUAUUCCAUCUGUAAAACAAAACAAAAAACAAAACCCUGAUCACCUUACAAAGUACAAUAAAUCAAGAAUAACAUAAUGAAUGUUUAUCUGGUAGUACGGUGUUUCUCAUGAGUGAAACUUGCUUGAGUAUUUUUCUGUCCUUUUACACUGUAACUAUUCCUUUAUAUUUUUUUAAACCUUAUUUUUAGACAGGGUUGCUUUAUUAUGUAGCUCUCGUUGGCCUGGAACUCUUUACGUAAACCAAGCUGGCUGUGAACUCCCAGGGAUCUGCCUGCUUCUGCCACACCCAGUCAAGAAUGAUACUAAGUGAUCUUUAUGACAUGAAAUCCAUUCAUUUUUUAAAGAAACAUUUAUUUAUUUAUUUUUCUUGGAUAUUUUAUGUAUUUCCAUUUCAAAUGUUAUCCCCUUUCCCCCCCUCCCAUUCCUCCACCCCUGCUUCUAUGAGGAUGCUCCCACUCCCACCUACCCACUCCUACCUCACUGCCCUGGCAUUAUCCUACACUGGGGAAAUGAGUCUUCACAGGGCCAAGGGUUUUUCCUUCUAUUGAUGCUGGACAAUAUGAGGCUGGAGUCAUGGAUCUGUCCAUGUGUACUCAUUGGUUGUUAGUCCCUGGGAGCUCUGGUGGGGUUCGGUUGGUUGAUAUUAUUGUUUUCCAAUGGGGCUACAAAUGUGUCUAGCUGGGCCAGCUCUGGCUGUAGAUGUCAGGUGCUAAUAAUACUAGAAGAUACCAAAUGGCUGCAGUCCUUGGACCAAGAAACACUACUAAAACCAAAAGCUGCAGAUAAGUCAUGGAUGAAUCACAAAUCUUUCUAGCCUUGAUAAAAUAGUACAAAACCAUUUUUGCAUGGAUAAAGGAAUACACAGCUAAAAUAUGGAAAUGCUUACAGAAGGAUAUCAAACAGUCUGGAUUUUAUGUUUAUGAUAGCUGUAAUACUGUCAUCUAACUUUCCUAAAAUUAUAUGUAUUCAUUUUACCUUUUUGAAAACAAGGGGGUCUUUCUAUAUAUCCCAGACUGGUGUCAAGUUCAUAACUUUCCUGCUUUACUUAUCUAAGUACCUGGAAUUAUAGGCACACAUCAUCACAUCCUGCAUAUUCUUGAAUUACUGUUCUUAAAUACUCAACUUCCCAAGUCAUAUAAAUAUUAAGCUAGAUCUAUCCAUGUUUUGACAUCUGAUUUAAUCAGCAUAAUUUAUUUUUACUACUUUGUUUUCUGAAAUAGGGUCUCUCGUGGCCCAGACUGGCCUAGAACUCACUAUAUAGCCAAUCAAACCCAGGGCUUCACCACUGAUAAGCAAACACUCUACCAACACGAGUUGCAUCCUCAAACCCAUCUCCCAUCAUAAUUUAUACUUAAAGGGGCUGCCCAUUCCCAUUGGACAAAUCAUAUAAUGGUGUACUAAAUACAGCCUCUCAAAAGGUCUCAGUAAAAUUGUACAGGAAUUUUAAUCCAGCAACACGACUUCUCUGAUCACAUUCAAAGACGUUUUAGAUCUGUGUGAUCUAGCUAGAAUAUAGUCAUGCCCUUUAAUCCCAAAUAUUUACAUCUAAUUGAUGGAUAAAGUGACCAAUCAGAGAAAGAUUUGACAAAAUGAGUCAGAGAUAGGAUAUGCUCACUCUCAUGGAAGCUAUUUAAGAGCAGCACAGGGAGUCAGUCAGUCAGUUGAGUGAGUGAGGAGUUCAGUCAACUGGGAAUCAGUGCAGGGUAGUGGAGUUGAGUUUAUUCGUGAGUUCGGCACAAGUCAGCAGAGGCAGUUGAGCCCAGAGAAUAAGGAGCCAGAAGAUUAGGACAAAUUGCCAGCAUUAGUUUGAGGCCAAGCAGAACAAUUCACUAAGAAGCUGAGGGAAGCCAGAUUGAAUUAGUCAGCUUGGAGAAUUUGAGCCAGAGCAGCUAAGUUGAACUAGCUAGCCAGAGUUCAGAAAGAACAAGAAAGGGUGAGCUUAUUCAACAGUAAGUCUCAGAGAUGACAAUCACAUCAGGUAAAUAAAAGUUACUUUUACAAAAAUUGAAUCCCAGUCACCCAAACAGUGCUAUGGUUUGAAUUCAGAUGUCCCCCACAGGCUCAUGUGUUUGCACACCAGGUCCUCAAAUGGUAGCACUAUUUUGAUGGACUGUGGAACCUUAGAUUUUGGAUUUAGGCCACUAAGUACAGACCACUAAGGGUUACAACCUGGCCCUACUUGCUUUGUGCUCUAUGCUUCCUGAUCUGUGACAAUAUCAACCAGCUGUGCUGUAGUUCCUACUUCCAUGAACCAUUCCAUUCCAGCCACAUGGCAGAUGAUAUCCUCUGCACCAUGAGACAAAAUAACUUUCUCUUCCCAUCUGUUAUUCCUGUCAGGCAUUUUUGUCACAGCUAUAGAAAAAACCUAACACAAUUGACCAAUCCUAAAAAUAUACCUUAUACAUUGGCUUUUCUGUUUCAUUGUUCCCAGUUCCACUGCCCUUCUUCCUUGGAAAACCUUCAGAGUAAAUUACCUGGACAGAAGAACUCAGUGUUCAGUGAUAACUCAGACUAAAAUAAUAAUCUUUUUUUUUUCUCUCUACAACUGCUCGGCUGACAUUAGAGCCACUAGUAAUGUAACACUAGAAAAGACUCUCACUGUAUCUCUCCAGUCAGUGUGGGGAUAAGAUUCAUAUUCUCAUCCACGUCCACUGAAUUCAGCUUUCACCCUAUGUAUAGAUUCACAAAGUACUGCUUAGAGGCAAAUCCAGCUACUAACUUCAUUAGGCUCAUGGGGACCCUGGAUCAUCAGUUGAUCCCAUUCAGGACGUCUGUGGCCCAAAUUCAUUUUGAGUUUGAAAAAUGAAAAGGAAAUUUAAGUAAUUGCAAAUGAAUUGCCCCUCAGUUCUUGCAUUAAUCAGAUGAGACUGAUAAGAGAUCAAGUCUAACUUUUAAUAGCAUUAGGCUAUUAUAGAAAGGAUUUACUGGGUUCAUGCAACUUAGACGGAUGGGUAGAGCUAUACUUGAACAUGAAAUAAUUCAGAGCUCAAGCUGCUACAAUCCAUAUCUCCAUCCCAUUUAAGAUCCUACUCCCCCCGCCCUUUAAAUUUUCUCAACCCAUCUUUCAACUGUUUCAUGUGUUGACCCCAUUUUUCUCUGAGGCUAAGCAUCCUCCAAGCAGUAAGAAAGAUGUAUCAGUUCAAAAUUCAUCACAGCCCUUGAAGUAACAAGAUAGUGCUGCCACAGUGCGUCUGCUUCUUCAGGCAAACUGGCUUCUCGCGAGCGCUACCUUCCGGUGCCGCCCCUGAAACUGCACCAAGCCGUCAUUCGUCUGCCGAGAAAACCAGCCUUGUCUGUGCCCAGGGCGGAGCUGACUGCGCGAGACACCCUAGACCGCUCCAUUCUAGUGUGGUCCCAGAGCCCGGCCUAUGAGUCAUACGGCUGAGCCAGAUUGCACCGGAGAAUAUCACCGCUGGCCACUCUAGCUGUGUGUGCCGGGCCGUCUCGUUGCUCCCAACCUGACGUCAUCACUGUGAGCCGCAGUACGGUGGUGGGCACGCGCAACCAAGAUGUCUCCGACGCCGGCGCUUUUCAGUUUGCCCGAGGCGCGGACGCGGUUUACGAAAUCUACCAGAGAAGCCUUGAAUAACAAAACUAUCAAGCCAUUGUUGAAUGCCUUCAGUCAGUUACCUGGCAGUGAAAAUGAAAAAAAAUGUACCCUUGACCAAGCUUUCAGAGGCGUUCUGGAAGAAGAAAUUAUAAAUCAUUCAGCAUGUGAGAACGUUUUAGCUAUUAUUUCUCUUGCCAUUGGGGGAGUAACAGAAAGUGUCUGUACUGCGUCCACACCAUUUGUGCUAUUGGGAGAUGUCUUGGACUGCCUUCCUUUGGAUCAGUGUGACACAAUAUUCACUUUUGUCGAAAAAAAUGUUGCCACUUGGAAGUCAAAUACAUUCUAUUCUGCUGGCAAAAAUUAUUUACUGCGUAUGUGCAAUGAUCUCCUCAGAAGAUUGUCUAAAUCUCAGAAUACAGUUUUCUGUGGAAGAAUUCAGCUCUUUUUGGCCAGACUUUUUCCACUAUCCGAGAAAUCAGGUCUUAAUUUGCAAAGUCAGUUUAACCUGGAAAACAUCACUGUUUUCAAUACAAAUGAACAGGAGAGCACCCUGGGUCAAAAGCAUACUGAGGAUAGAGAGGAAGGGAUGGAUGUAGAAGAAGGUGAAAUGGGAGAUGAUGAAGCCCCCACGACUUGUUCUAUUCCAAUUGAUUACAACCUGUACAGAAAAUUCUGGUCACUUCAGGAUUACUUCAGGAACCCAGUACAAUGCUAUGAGAAGAUUUCUUGGAAAACUUUUCUCAAGUAUUCUGAAGAAGUUUUAGCUGUCUUUAAAAGUUAUAAAUUAGAUGAUACUCAAGCCUCCAGGAAGAAGAUGGAAGAACUGAAAACAGGAGGGGAGCACGUGUACUUCGCAAAGUUCUUAACAAGCGAGAAGUUGAUGGAUUUACAACUGAGUGACAGUAACUUUCGUCGACACAUCCUGUUGCAGUAUCUCAUUUUAUUUCAGUAUCUCAAGGGACAGGUCAAAUUCAAAAGUUCAAAUUAUGUUUUAACUGAUGAGCAAUCACUCUGGAUUGAAGAUACUACCAAGUCAGUCUACCAACUGCUAUCUGAAAAUCCCCCUGAUGGAGAAAGAUUUUCAAAGAUGGUAGAGCAUAUAUUAAACACUGAAGAAAAUUGGAACUCAUGGAAAAAUGAAGGUUGCCCAAGUUUUGUGAAAGAAAGAGCAUCAGAUACCAAGCCCACAAGAGUGGUACGGAAGAGAGCAGCCCCAGAAGACUUCUUAGGCAAAGGGCCCAAUAAGAAAAUCCUGAUUGGAAAUGAGGAGCUAACAAGGCUUUGGAAUCUCUGUCCUGAUAACAUGGAAGCCUGUAAAUCAGAGACAAGGAAUCCUCUUAUCCUACAGUUAAGUCAGCAGAGUAGUGCUUUUAGGUGAGUUUAUGCAUGCAGUUCACAUUGCUACAGAACUUCUUUAUUUUGUAGUGUCUAUUCCUUUUGGCUCUCAAACAUGAUGAAGUUGAAGAACUCUCAUCAUCCCUCAUCCCAUACCUCCUCCUGACCUUUAUGAAUGUUUGUUCUCUACAACUGUCUCUCCCUGCUAACCAGUUUAGUUUUUGUCCUCCCUUCCUCACCCACCUCACUUUCUUUUCAUCCCAUCUACUUAAUUGAGGCUGUGUUCCCUGUCACUCCACUGCAACAGCUCCCACAGUAUUUUUUUCCUUUUAAGCUCCCAACAGCAUCUGUUAGCAGACCUGUCUCAGUAUUGGUAGAACCGCUCACACUAACCUUGCUGCCUUACUCAAAAUUCCUGUGGUAACGUCUAAGAGGCAGUCUUUUAUCUAAAGUGUCCCAUGUGACAGCACAGUUUUAGUUUUUAGGAAGGUGUUCUGGAGUUGUGAUUUAAAGGCAGAGGCCCUCCUGUCAGAAUGCAUAGGAUUCCCCUCCCAUGUACCACUUACUGGCCAGAUAUCUGGUUCUAACAAAUGAUCCCUGUGCCCCGUUUCUCAUUUGCUACAUAAUAACCACUCAUUUCACAGAUUCCUUAUUCAAAAUACUUGAAGCUAUAUGUGUUUUCAGGUUUGUCCAGAUUUGGAACAUUUUAGACUCCAGCAGAUAAGACAAACUAGACUUUGAGUCAAACAGGAGUGUGAAAUAACCGAAGCUCACCUCUGGUGCCAUACAAUGUGGGACAGCUCACCAGUUGUCUCUCUCACUGUCUCCUUGCUUCUGUGUAACUGCAUGAGUGGUUCUUUGUACAGUGUCUAUCUAACAGCCAGGACAUUGACUUGCUAAAAUAAAGCAAAAUAUUAUAUAGACUUUCAAAUUAUAAGAUGGUACACUUUGCUGUUAUUUGCAAUAGAACAUAAAUUUGUGACUCAUUGUGUGAAAAUAACUAUGGAACUGGUUACAAGGCUGACAUCUCU